CUUAAUACAUAUGGGUCCAAACCUUGCCUAAUAUGAGUUAGUAUUAAGCUGAAAUGCAGGGACCAGCCUGCGAGCCGACAGAGCUAGGCACCAAACUUCUUGCAGGAACUACAACACCGGAACUGCAACAUCCUGAUGCAUCAAUAUUUUGAAUGCAAUUACGCAGCAUUUCAAGACCCACCCAAUACAUAGACUGAAGGCUGCAGUACACUGUAGUCCUCGCUCAAAGCACAAGGCUAGCAUCUAACGGCAUGGGAAUCUAUCGAGUGUAUCAAAAUACUUCCCCUAUAUUUCCAAUUCAAUGCCUCCUCGGCCGGUAGUAUCGUCACCGCGACGGAUUACGAGAUCCUCACUCGCGCGCUUUAGGUAUGGCGACGAUGGCCCCGGUAGCAAGGAGAACUCGACUCCUGCCCCUGCGGAUAUCGAAGAUAUAGUCCCGAAUGCAGCGGCUAUCCGGAAGCGAAAGCGGACCACUACUCUCCUCGAAGCAUCGUCGACUUCGCUGCGACGCACCAUCAAGAAGGAAGAAGAGAUCGGGACAAAGGUGACAGCACCCCCAACAAGCAGACGUCAGCGGAAGCCAGCCCGAAAGGCCGUCAACGCGGAUACAGGAGAGACAACAGUCAGCGCGCCCUCAGAUUGGGAAGAAAUAUACGAUGCUGUCAAGGUGAUGCGGUCCCCAGGCGGCGUAGCGGCCAAUGCGGCCGUCGAUACGAUGGGCUGUGAGCGGCUCGCGGAUACUACACUUAGCCCACGCGACCAGCGUUUCCAGACCUUAAUCGCGCUUAUGCUGUCAUCGCAGACUAAGGAUACAACCAACGCUGUCGCCAUGAAGCGACUGCAGACCGAGCUUCCCCCGCAUGCUCCCGGUGCUCCUCCGGGCCUUAAUCUCGAGAAUGUACUUGCAGCAGACCCGGAUCUGAUCAAUAAGUUGAUCUGGGCUGUCGGCUUCCACAAUAACAAGACCAAGUAUAUAAAACAGGCCGCGCCGAUCCUACGCGAUCAGUGGGGUGGCGAUAUCCCAAAUACGAUUGAGGGCUUGGUUGCGCUACCGGGCGUCGGCCCCAAGAUGGGAUAUCUCUGCCUGUCAGCGGCAUGGGAUCGUACCGAGGGAAUCGGCGUCGACGUUCAUGUGCAUCGUAUUACAAACAUGUGGGGGUGGCAUACAACUAAGAACCCCGAGGAAACGCGACUUGCGCUACAGAGUUGGCUACCGCGCGAUCGCUGGCGUGAAAUAAACUGGUUACUCGUCGGGUUUGGACAGGCUGUUUGUCUGCCUGUUGGGAGGCGGUGCGGCGACUGCGACUUGGGUCUACGCGGCCUGUGUAAAGCCGCCGAGAGGAAAAAGGUCCUUGAAGGGAGGAAGAUACGAGAAAGUACUCAAGUUAAGAAGCUUGAAGAUGAUGGAUCGGUGGUAAAAAUUGAAGAGGUAAAAGAGGAAGAAGUACUUGAAAAGGAUAGCAUUGUAAACGAGGCUGUAAAAGAUGAAGAGAAGGAAGGAAGGCCCGCAGAACAGUCCGAAGGUAGCCCGGAGCCCGGUCCGAAACAAAGAAACGCUAUACCAAAACGGCAACGGAGAUCAAAUAAAGCAUAGCACGUGGAGUUAUUGUAUGGGUCGAUCACGGUGUGGGAUAUCACGAGGCAUUCAGGGAAAAUGAAAUUAAUAGGUGGAAAUCAAAUGUUCGUCAGGGAGGUCUUAACUCCAAAUAGGAGAAAGUCUCAUAAUUGCUUAAUCAUGUAUGUAUGUAUGUACAAUAUUCGCUGAAAACUGAGAAUAGGCUCCGUCGUAGGAGACUC